UACGAUUUUCAAUAAGUGUCAUAUGAUCAUACAACAAGGAUCGAUCUGAAUAUCGGGGGAGUGUCUAGUAGCUCAUUUUAUUUGUGAAUUAAAAAGUUAAAAGGAAAAAUGUUGAAUUUAUUUAUCUGUUUUUUGAUCACUUUAACUGGGGUUUGUGCCCAUGGUGAAUUUGUUGUACUUAGUAGUCCAGAUAGUGUAUCUUUUUAUGGAAAUGAAGAGAUCGAGCAAAGUUUACUGAAAGAAGUUUUCGCUGCUAGCUUGGGUUUUACAGCUAAACAAAGAGAUACUUGGGAAGGUAUUUCCAUCACAGAUCCAUUUUCAUUACCAGAAGCAGUCGUUAGUAUUGUGGUAGAAGGAGUUGAUACGUUAGAUAUACCAAAUGGAAAAAAGUUUCACUUAAAUGAUGAUGAAAUUGAAGAAACAACGUGGCAAGCAAUAAGCAGACGACUUGCAGAAAGAGAUAAUGAUAAUACAUUAGUCAGAAUUUAUUUAGGAGAUGGCCUCGAUGCUCUUGGACAAUCUGCACUUGGUGAGCUCAAGCCAAUUCCGAUAGAUGAGUCAUCUUUUGUAGCACUACGUUUAACAAAUGAAGAAGACCGAAAGUUUCUCGAAGAGAUACAAUUACUUCGUGCAAUUGCAAAGAAAGUACCUACAGCAAUUAAAGCAGAUGACAAAUCAGACGUUUUUUGGCUUGUUAUAUCAGGAUUACGUCCUGUAUUAGAUUUACAUGGAAAGAACUCGACAGCUGCUAAAGAAGCUUUUCUUCUAUUGAAUGAUGCUUUAAACGAUAUUAGUGAGGCAUUUAUGAAGGUUUAUGAUAACAAGGUUUUAAUCGCAGCGUUCACAAAUGAUCCAAGCCAAGUACGUCAUACUCGUUCCAUUUCUUCUAAUAAGCAACGCAGAGAUACACAGGAUAAUAAAAAUAAAAACGUAGUAUCCAUGGUGGAAUCCAGUAAUACAGAGUUUAAUAGUAAUAACAUUAUUAAAAAGCAAGCUGACCAAGAAGAAGAAAACAGAAAUAUAAGUGAUGAAGAAAACAUAGACACUAAUAUUCAUAGUACUAGCAAAAUCAACAGUAAUGUCAGCAGUACUACUGAAUAUAGCGACACCAAUGCUGAUAGUGGAAGUACUGAAAAGUCUGAACAAGACUUAGCUAAUAUGGAAAAUAAGAUAAAUACUAACACAAAAAGUGUAGGACAGCAAGCUGAUGAAGAGGACGAAAGUAAAAAUUUAAACAACGGAAAAAACAUAGGCAUUAAUAUUCAUAGUGCUAGCAAAAUUAACACUAUCGUCAACAGCACCACUGAAUAUAGCGAUGUUAAUACUAAUAAUGGAAACACUGAAAAGUCCGGUCAAGAUUUAACUAAUAUGGAAAAUCAGAUAGAUAUUAACAAAGUCAAUGUAGGACAGGAUGAUUUGAACCAUGCUAAAUAUUAUAGUAGCAAUUAUCCAGUUAUAUUUAAUAUCUUUUUAUGGUUUGGAGUGGUCUUUGUGUUCUCCCUUCUUGCUAUUUGCAUUGCAAUCGCGGAUAUGGACCCAGGUCGUGACUCUAUUAUAUACAGAAUGACAUCUAAUCGUAUGAAAAAGGAUAAUUAAUCAUGAAUACAUAAACAA